AUGCACAGUUACAACGCCAAUGUCAAAGAGCUCCAGGACACUCCUGGCAGCGAAUAUUUCAGCAUCCUAAGCAAAAAAGCGCACGAAGGAGCUCUUAACCAAGCAAAGAUCGAUGUUGCUGAGGCACGGAUGAAAGGUGAGAUCGGAGAGGCAGAGAAAAAGGGGAAAAUGAAGCAGGAAAUUUCCAAAAUCGAUGCCGAUACUGCUGUACUGGAGACGAAACGGAAGGCCGAGAAAGCCAAGGCGGAUUCCGAGCUCAUGAAUCGUCAGACUGAGCUCGAUGCCAGUGUCCAAAUCAGCAAGAUCACAACCAAGCGCCAGACAGAGAUGAAGGAUGCAGAACUGCAGAAACAAGUGGAGUCCAAGCGUGCCGAAACCGAACUAGAACGUCUUAGAGCCAGUGAGGUCACCAAAAGCAAGGUUGCACGCGAGUCUGCACAGGAGAAUGCAGAUGCCGCUUACUAUACAGAACAGAAAGCAGCUGAUGCGCGGUUGUAUAAACACAAGAUGGAUGCAGACGCAGCUUAUAUAUAG